AUGAUUCUCCCAGAGUUGUUUCACUACCGAUGUGUUAAGAUCCUAUCCUCUGCGCCACCACCGAUACCGGUGCUAACGAAAAUACGAGUUUACUGCAUCGAGAACUGCAACUUCUACUCCAACUGUAAACCCAUCGGCCAUGUUCAGGAUGGGAGAAGUGGAGAAGAUACCAAAUACGACAGCAUUAAGUCUAAAUGGUUGUGCUCUGAGACAGAACACAGCUCGUCAUGGUGCAAGACAUCCUACUACCCGAACAACCUCUAUUGGUUUCCUCCAACGCUGUGCAAAAAGAAUGAAGAAAGUUUUCACAAUUCCACAUUCUUUCCAUUUGUUGUGAACGUAAGUGACGAGAAAGUCCACUGGAUGUGGAGGCAGUGCUAUGCUUACGAGCGGGCAGCGACCAUAAAGUGGCACUGCAUACUUAAGCAAGAAAACGGACAGCCGGAGAUCUGGAAAAUCGUGUUGGUUCCACUUGGGUGUGUCGGUCUCUUCUUCGUCAUCAUGAUCUUCAGCUUCUGGUUCGCCAACAGACAGAACCAAAGACUCAGUGGAUUUCAGGAUUACGAGCAGAACAUGCUCCAUCCUAGGAUCCGGUUCAUACACGGAUACGCUUCCAGAAAGCCGGGUGGUCGAGGUCAUUACAUGAAACGAGACGAUCAGUUCUACUAUUAUUUCGAUCUCCAGAAGAAGACCAAAUCCAAAGCACCAGUGACAUGA